ACUAGUUUUUAAAAGAAAUACAAAGUUGUGACUUGUUUGAAUUUAACAAACUGACAAAUUACUUUAUUUUACGUUUUUAAGAUCCAGAGACAGUUAAGAAUGUCAACUGACUGUGUACAUGUAGCAGUUCGUGUCCGUCCUUUUGUGGAUUCCGAAAGAAGUCGUGGAUGUGUUCAAAUAUUGAAGAAAGUGUCCAGCGAACCUCAAAUCACAAUUACUGGUGAUUCAAACAGCAAGUCCCAAGACACUUAUACUUUUAACAAUGUCUUUAUGCCGGAAAUCUCUCAACAUAUUGUGUAUGAUGAGUGUGUCAAACCGAUUUUGCCCAAACUCUUUGAUGGAUACAAUGUAACUAUUCUAGCUUAUGGACAAACUGGAUCUGGAAAGACGUACACAAUGGGAACUGUAUUUGAUGGUGAUUGGGAAAAUACUAGAGUUGGAAUCAUUCCGAGAGCUUUGAGAGAUAUUUUUAAAACAGUUCGAACAAUGGAAGAUUCUUCGACUAUCUCAAUCACUUGUUCAUUUAUGGAGCUUUAUCGGGAAGUACUUUAUGAUCUACUAACAGAUCGUUCAAGAGACCAAUCAGUAUGUGAAAUCCGCGAGGAUGGAUCUAAAGGAAUUAUCAUUAAUGGACUCUGUGAAAUUCCAGCAAAUGAUGAAGAUAAGGCGACAAAUUGUUUGAUGACAGGGGGUAGUAAAAGGACUGUUGGAGCAACCGCAAUGAAUGAUGCUUCCAGUCGCUCUCAUGCAAUUUUUGUAGUAAAUGUUAAGGCUGUACGUUUGGAUGGAACUGGUAGUACAACAGCUAAAUUUACUCUUGUUGAUUUGGCUGGAAGUGAAAGAUCAAAGAAGACUAAGGCAACUGGAACUCGAUUUAAGGAAGGAGUUAAGAUUAAUCAAGGCCUAUUGGCACUUGGAAAUGUAAUUUCAGCACUUGGUGGUGGAACUGCAAGUAGUAAUGGCUACAUUAGUUAUCGUGACUCUAAAUUGACUAGAUUAUUGCAAGAUUCUCUGGGUGGAAAUAGCGUUACUUUAAUGGUAGCUUGUGUCAGUCCUGCAGAUUACAAUAUUGAGGAAACACUUAGUACGCUUCGCUAUGCUGAUCGUGCAAAGAAGAUAAAGAAUAAGCCUAUCAAAAAUGAAAAUUCUGAUCAAGCUGAAAUUCAAAAGUUGAAGCAAACUAUUCAGGAUCUUCGUCUUCAAUUGCUUGAUAGAAAUCCAAAUGUCGGUGGUGAAGAUAACGAAGUAUCUUGCAUAAAAUUGCAAACUAAAGACAAAGAAAUAUCUGACUUGAGAUCAAAAUUAAGUACAAUAAUUAACACAUUAAAUGAGUUAAGUGCCUUACAUAUUCUCGACGAAUCCUUUAUAAACGAUAUAGUGACUGAAUUUGAGAAACUUUGUGCACUACUAUUUACAACUUGUUCUGCUGAAUUUGCAAUGCCUGAUACAAAGAUUUUUGAUCAAUUAAAAGUUCAAGCUAAUAUCAUCGAAGAAUUGAUUAAGAAAUAUAAGCAGCAAUUAAAAGAAGCAUCUGAAGAGAAUAAAUUAGCCAUUCAAAUUAACGAUGAAGUUGACAGUGAGAAAUAUAUGGAAUUUACCAACAAUCAAAUAGAAAUGUACUCAAAGAUAAGUGCAUUAGAACGAGAAAUGAAAAUAAAGCAAGAACUUUUAGAUCGUAAAUUCCAAAACACUCCAUUAUUAGUUGAUAGCGAAGCUGAUAAGACAAUGAUUGAAUAUUCGUCAAAAAUUGAGACAUUGGAAAAGGAAAUUAAUGACUUAAAGACAGCAAAUAUAUCAUCAGCCGUUCGUCGUGAUCAUAAUGCAACAAAAGUAAAUAUGGACAGAAAGCAUAAAUUGGAAAAAAUGGAAAAGGAAUUGGCAGAAAUUAGAAAGAAGUGUGUAGCACUAGAAAAGACUAAAAAGAUGGCAGAACAAGAUAAGAAGCGCUGUGAAGAUUUGAAGAGGGAAAUUCAAGAAAUGAAAACAGCACGAGUACAAUUGAUUAGACAGCAAAGAAAUGAAUCAGAUACAUAUAAGAGAUACAUUGCAAAUCGUGAUAAAGAGAUCAAUUGCUUGAAAGAGAAAGAAAAGAAAGUCCAAAAUGAGAUGAAAAGGAUGGAACGAUUACAUGAAAAGCAACAAUCUGUUCUAAAACGUAAAUUUGAAGAAGCCAAAGCAAUUAAUAAACGUUUACAAGAUGCUGUGGAUACAAGUCGCAGAAAUCAAAAGUCUCGCAUGGAAAAGGCAAUUGAGAAGACCGACGUUGUCCAAAAUUACAUUGAUCACGAGUUGAUUGUUUUAAUAUCAACAGUUGAUGCUAAAAAUGCCAUGCAGUCAUUGAUGAAUGAUCGUGGCAUGCUACUUGAACGUUUGCAGAAUUUAAAGUCUACUGUCAAUAAAAGUGAUGCGAUUGAAAAAGAGAUUGUUCAACUUGAGGAAGAUUUAGAGAUGAGAAAUGCACAGAUUACAGACAUGAGAGCAAAAUUAAUGGAAACUGACAUGGAUGCAAAGAUAAAAAGCAUUCCAGAAAAUUUCACAACCGUUCCCGAAUUGAGAAUCGCUAUGACUUAUAUUUUGCGAGCAUUGCUAGAUUCCAGAGAAGAUUUCAUAACAAAUAAAACAAAAGCUGAGGACUUAAAGGCUGCAUAUGAUGCCAGUGAAGAUCGAAUCGAGCAAUUGCUAGAGGAAAAGAGUGAAAUGUUAACGCUUUUUGAGGAAGAAAAAAAUCAAAUGGAACGAGAUUUCGAACAAAAGAUCACAUAUUUGUGUCAGAAGCAAAAUGGCAAUUUGAAUAAGGAAGAUGAAGAUAAAUGUUUUGCUUCUUUAGCUGAGCAAUUAACAACAAAGAUUGAAGAAAGUGUAACAUUAAAAUUACGCAUCGAAGAUCUUGAGAAUCAAUUGUCAAAUGUUGAGAAAAAUGCUGAAAAGAAAAAGAAUAAAAAGAUCAAAUUGCCACAGACUCCAGAUGGAACCUUUGUAAUUGAAUCAAAUUCUGACGAAUCAUCGGAUGAUGAAGAGUUUGAUUUUAACGACUCAUUUAAAGAUCCAGAAUGGAAGAAAACCCCAAAACAUAAGAGAAGUACUCGUUCAACUACGACUCUAUUGAAAGAGAGCUUAGUAAAUCGUAUGGAUGGAACCAACAUGUUAAUAGAUAUAAGUAAAACAAGCGAUACAAGUCAAGGUGGUACUAAACGUAAAUCGGGAGGAAAUGUAAAAUGUUCUUGUAAAGGAAGCUGUGCUACAAAGUUAUGUGGAUGCAAAAAGACUGGUUUAUUCUGUUCUGAUAACUGCAAAUGUUCAGAUGCUUGUGUCAACACAGAAAAUACUUCAAAGGAAAGUGCUGACGAAAACCAGCCAAAAUCAAAGAAGCAAAGAGAAAGCGAAGAGCACGAAAUUACUCCAGAAAAGAACAGAACAAAAGUUGAUUUCAAUAACAUUACAACACCUUAUUAUCCCUAUCAAUCCAAGAAGCGUCGACCACUUUUGCCUGUUGAAUAAAAAGUUUGUCAACGUUUAUGUUUCUAAUUGGUGUUGGAUCUAUUUUUAAAAUUUAUUAAUUAUGAUAACUUUAUUAAUUAAUUUAGGAAUUGUCACAUGAAUCGUCUCCUUUUUGAUAAAGACAUUUUGGAUAAAUAUAAAUUGUUUAAAGUUUAAUAUAUUACUAUUUCUAGUGCUUUUAUCCUAUUAAGCUUGACAUAAUAAACUAGUUGAUACUAAUUGAAUAAUAAUGUGAA